CCCAGGCACGCCGGUCAACGGUCCGAAUCUGAAUGGAUCUGGCGAUGCCAACUUUGUUUCACCUCCGGGUUCGGCUGCGACCGAGGCGGCUAAGACUCUCUGGUAAGAUUGCUUCCUAUAACUGCCUGCAGGAAAGCGUGUUAAUAUGAUGGGUAGGAUGGGAGAGACGGAUGGCAGCGGCGGAAGCCUCAGAAGGCAGCUCCGCGCGACCUCGAUGCACCGACGCCCUGGUCGUUACCGGGAGGACGACGGACGGCCCAUCACGGCCGAUCGGCCCAUCUGGGCUCACCCCCCAAGGAUUUUUCGGGCAGAUCUUGCAGCGCACUGCGCCUUUCCCAGCCUCCCUCUUGACUACCCAGGCCCAGGGCCAUCUGAGCUCGUCAAGGCCCAGACGAACGACUUAAGUCAGUCAAAUGAACACAGAGAGUGCUCGGAUGACUCAAGCGGAGACACCGAGAGUGUCUCCAGCGACGAUGUCCUGGACCUCGGAAGCAUCUGGUCUGGCGCUGCGCAGGGGAUGGCCUCUUAGGAUGAGCCAACUCGCAAAGUCCAAGUCCAGAACGAGCCACUGGUUCCGGUUGCGACGCCGGCUCAAACCAACCAGCGGUUAGAUCACCUCCAGAAUGAAUCGGAGGAAGAGUUCUAUGAAGAUCUUGACGUGCUGGAGGAGCCGCUGGAUCCCA